CAUGUCACAUGCUUGAACUUUGACACUGGUGGUAACCACGAAAGUUAUUUUGAGGGAAGGUUGGGGAAGUGUUCUUUCAGAUAUCUGUCAGGAACGCCCGAAGAAAAAAAAAAAAAACUUAAUAUGCCGGUGACUAUUCCAGUGCACUUCAGCACAGGCUGACCACGAUCAAAUUUAGCAGUGAUGGAGGAUGCUUGGGACAUUGCUUGCCUACUCAUCCAGCUGUGGCUCUCCGUAGUGUUUGGCCUGAUCAUGUUGCCAGCCAUGUGUGGAGCCUCACUGGGCGUCACAGAGAUCUACAUUAAGGUCUUGGUGAAGACUCUAGAGUGGGCCACGCUAAGGAUCCAGAGGGGACAGAGGGAUCAGCCUCCACUCCAAGCCCAACUCUCCAAUGGCAUCAUCCAGAAGGAGGAUGGCUCCAUGGAGAAGGAGAUUGGGGAGCUGCGUCGCUCUUGGCCCAAAAAUCUGUCCGGCGGCGAGUUCACCCUGUGCGACGCCUUCUACUUCUGCAGGAAGGGCAUCGAGAGCAUCGUGGAGGACGAGGUGACGCAGCGCUUCACCUCAGAGGAGAUGGCCUCCUGGAACCUGCUGACGCGCACCAACAACAACUUCUGCUACAUCAGCGCUCGCGUCACCAUCAUCUGGGGCCUCGGGGUGUUCAUACGCUACUGCAUCCUGGCACCACUCAGAAUAACCUUGGCUCUCAUUGGACUAAGCUGGUUGGUGAUUGGGACUACUCUGGUGGGACUGUUACCGAGUAGCAGGAGUAAGAACUGGCUCAGUGAUCUUGUCCAUCUGACGUGCUACAGAAUCUGUGCUCGAGGCCUCUCCGCUACCAUUCGCUAUCACAACAAAGAAAACCGUCCCAAGAAAGGAGGCAUCUGUGUCGCCAACCACACCUCCCCGAUUGACAUUGUUAUUUUGGCAAAUGAUGGAUGCUAUGCCAUGGUGGGGCAAGUUCAUGGCGGUCUGAUGGGGGUCAUCCAAAAGUCAAUGCUCAGGUCCUGCCCUCACAUUUGGUUUGAGAGAUCUGAGAUGAAAGAUCGAACUGCUGUGGCCAACAGGCUUAGAGCCCACGUCGCAGACAAAACCAAGCUGCCUAUACUGAUAUUCCCUGAGGGAACCUGCAUCAAUAACACAUCAGUCAUGAUGUUCAAGAAGGGAAGCUUUGAAAUUGGUGGGACCAUACACCCAGUGGCCAUAAAGUAUGACCCACAGUUUGGAGAUGCCUUCUGGAACAGUGCCAAGUACAACAUGGUGAGCUACCUCCUUCGAAUGAUGACCAGCUGGGCCAUAGUGGUCAAUGUGUGGUACCUUCCCCCGAUGACCAGAGAGGAAGGAGAGGAUGCAGUUAAUUUUGCCAACAGAGUCAAAUCAGCAAUUGCAGAUCAGGGAGGCCUGGUUGACCUCUCAUGGGAUGGAGGCCUGAAGAGAGGGAAAGUUAAAGAAGCUUACAAAGAGGAACAGCAGAAGAUGUACAGCAGCAUGGUAGUGGGCUAGGAGGUAUGUCUUCCAAUUAGUUCGCUAAACCAUCAUCACGCCAUUCACUUACCAAGCUUCCACAGAGAUGCUGAUCCUUGGCAACACGUGUCUUCUCAAUUCUACACUACAUCCGAGCCAUCGGACAUGACUGAUUUGUUCAUUAGGUUGUCUCAGUUCUCAGUGGAAACCCUAAUGGUGAACAAACUCUAAUGAUGCGAGUCAGGAAUCUUAUAAUAGUUGUUAUUUUAAGAAGACUGCAACUUAUGCAAAACUUUGCAUAUAAGUAUACAAUACUAUGUCUAUUUCCUUGAGAAAUAACAGCAACUGGAAAGUUGUCAAAGUUUUUAAAGUGUCUCCGCAAUCAGAGAAUCAGGUUCUUCCAACAUGCUGUCCGUGCAGAGUCUGCUCUUAGCUGGAUUGGUGAGGCAAUCAGCAUUGUGUUUUUAUAUCCAUAUACUGUACACCAUGGACUGUAAAAAGCAAGUGUAUGUUUCCAUUUGUAUAGGAAACUAUUUCUGUUACAAUGUAUUUUAAUUCAAAAUGUAAACAUCUAAAUUAUUGUUUACAAGGCCUGACAUUGGUAAAUUCCAGGUUGUAUUCCAUUGGAGUAUGGACUAAUUUUUUUUAAAUGAUCGAGUUGAUUCUGUGAACCUUGACCCCCCCCUGCCCUGUGAUAUGCUUAAGAAUGUAAACGCUACAGUGCCUUGUCCUGUUCUCAGUCAUGCAACAUUUCUGUGUGCCUCAAAAGGUCUUGUAGAUUAUUUUAAAAAUAAACGUCUUAAGUAUUAUGACACAGAA